CGGUGAUGAUGACCACACUCUUCGGCAACGUCUGAGAAUGCGUGCAAUGGCCAUGGCCGAUGGGCUCACCCCGCUCAUGGACGAAUGGCCUGUGGGUGGCUAUGAGACAUCUCCGACUCACAAUGCAGGAAGCCAGCAUGGCAGUCCCGGUCCGUCGAGUGUUAGUUCUCUUAACACUGACACGAUGCCGUCCCAACAGUCAGGUGCUCCCACUGCAAUGUCGCCGGUUGGGCACGGGAGUCCUCGCGUGUCAACGGAACCAUUGUGUGAUGGUGGCCUUAGGCAGCAGCUCAGUCCGCAUGCCACAUCAUCUGAGUACGUCCUCAACCGCAUCAUCCGAGACAUAGAGGCUGGUGCUGACCCGACGAAGCAUGUGAAUGGUGGGCGUGACGGAGGUCAGGUUGUUGCCUCGCAAACAACCCCCUUGCACACACCUCCUCCGUGUGGAUCGUCCGGGGGUGCAGCUGCGGGCACUCCGCACCCAGUCACCAGGGACUCCAGGUCGCAUCACACACCUCCCCGGUGUCGAUCGUCCGGAGGUGUAGCUGCGGGCACCCCAUACCCACUCAUCGGGGAUGGGUGUUCUCACACACCACCCACCGCAUUACAAGGCCUGGGAACGUCUACGGGAGGGCCAUCUGCGGGCCACCGUCCACGGCCGUGUCCGGGGGAGAAGAAUACGGAUCGAUGGGGGGAGGCCGGAACUGAGUGGUUGUGCCGGUGCAGAAAUGAGGUGAAGGCGUUGAUGGGGGAAGAGACGGAAGCGUACAGGUGCGCAAGGCUGAAAGCUGGUUUUUGGAAGUAUGUGGAAGAGCGCAUGCGUACGAAGGGUUACAACCGUGCAGACAACCAGUGCAAGAACAAGUUCAACCAGAUCCUUGACUACUAUAGAAGAUUGAAGGCACACGAGAGAUGGUACGGUUUGCCGAGUUACUGGGACAUGAAUCAGACAAGGCGGAAAAAGUACAACGUCAACUUUGUGCUUCGUCGAAGUUGGUAUGACAUCAUACACCCAAUGGAGAAGGACAAGGACUCUAUUAACCUCGCCAAUUUGAUGGAUUCAGGGGCGGACGAGGAGCGUCUUGAGGAUGGAGAGGGGGCGAAUAACGGUGAUGGGAAGAUGGAUGGUGAGGGUGAAGACCCGGCGGCCGGGUCUGGUGGUUCGGCCGGUGGCUCACGGCCGACAGGUUUUGAGCCGAUGCUUGGUAAACGAAAAAGAACUGCCAACAAUGCACGUGAAUCCGGUGUACAGGCUGUGACCGUUGCUAUGCGUGCUCACACGACAGCGCUGACACGAUCAGACCUCAAGAUCGCGAAGAUGCGUUGCGAAGCGACACGUGACAUUGCUAAGCAGCAGACUGAGGUUCAUCGCGAGCUUCUGCAGCAAGACAUUGUAUCGCGUGAAAGGAUAGCUAACAUAAUGGGGGACAAGGUGGAGAAGGGUUAUUUCGUUCUUGUUGAUGUCAUUCGCAGCUUACGUCCUCGUACAGACAGUCCAUCUCGUGAUCCGGAUAGCAACGAAUCUCGAUAGUCCAUUUGUGCUGCGACUCAUAUGGGCAUUCAAUGUAUUUAUUGAUUUUAUUGGUUUGUGUUCUAUUUGUUGUUUUUUUCAUUCUGCUUUUCGAGAGU